ACGAUCUUUGUUUAUUAUUUAGGGCCGCCCAGAUCGUGCCGCCAGAAGUAGUCCGUCCGUCGCCGAAUUCAGCGAGGAACGAAGAGAACGAAGAAAGAAAAAAAAAUCAAGCGAGCAGGCCUCCCUCUCCCUCUUAUUAUAGUGGGAAAACGACGAAAAGUGUGAAAGGAUAAAGAAUAGAAAGACGAAUAUAUCUUUCUCGAGUUUCGAAGUAAUCGAGUAAUCGAGAAGUAGCGACACCAAAGUUAACCAACAUGCCAAAGCCAAAGCCUCAGGAGGGAGAAGAUCCUGAUCCAACUCCCUAUCUCUUUGUUUCUCUCGAACAAAAGAGAAUCGAUCAGACCAAACCUUAUGAUGCUAAAAAGGCGUGCUGGGUACCCGACGAAAAGGAGGGUUAUCUUCUUGGUGAAAUCAAAGCUACCAAGGGUGAUGUUGUUUCCGUCGGAUUACCAGGCGGCGAGACAAAGGACUUCAAGAAGGAUCAACUGCAGCAAGUGAACCCGCCAAAAUACGAGAAAUGCGAGGACAUGUCUAAUCUGACCUACCUCAAUGAUGCUUCAGUACUGCACAACUUAAAACAACGUUACUACGCCCAACUCAUCUACACGUAUUCUGGCCUGUUCUGCGUUGCCAUUAACCCUUACAAAAGAUUCCCUGUCUAUACUCAAAGGUGCGCAAAAUUAUAUCGUGGUAAAAGACGUAAUGAAGUUCCACCCCAUAUCUUUGCCAUUUCCGAUGGUGCUUACGUCAACAUGUUAACCAACAGUGAAAAUCAGUCUAUGUUGAUUACCGGUGAAUCUGGUGCUGGUAAAACUGAAAACACGAAAAAAGUAAUUGCUUAUUUUGCCACUGUUGGUGCUUCAACAAAGAAAGCCGAUGAUACAUCCCAAAAGAAGGGUUCUCUUGAGGAUCAAGUCGUUCAGACUAAUCCCGUAUUGGAAGCCUUUGGUAAUGCUAAGACCGUCCGUAAUGACAACUCCUCGCGUUUUGGUAAAUUCAUUCGUAUUCACUUCGGUCCCUCCGGAAAAUUGGCCGGUGCUGAUAUCGAAACUUAUUUAUUGGAAAAGGCUCGUGUCAUCUCUCAACAGACUUUAGAACGUUCGUAUCACAUCUUCUACCAAAUGAUGUCUGGAUCUGUGAAAGGGUUAAAGGACAUAUGCUGUUUGUCGGACAACGUUCACGAUUACCACUUCAUCUCUCAGGGCAAGACCACUAUUCCAAACGUUGAUGACGGCGAGGAAUUACAACUUACCGACCAAGCCUUUGACGUGCUGGGCUUCACGCAAGAAGAAAAGGAUAACAUUUACAAGAUCACUGCUGCUGUUAUGCACAUGGGUGGUAUGAAGUUCAAACAAAGGGGUCGAGAAGAACAGGCUGAAGCUGAUGGUACAGAGGAAGGUGAAAGAGUCGCGAAACUUCUUAGUUGCGACUGUGCCGAUCUUUACAAGAACUUAUUGAAACCAAGGAUCAAGGUCGGAAAUGAGUUCGUCACCCAAGGUCGUAACAAAGAUCAAGUAGCCUAUUCCGUAGGUGCUAUGUCGAAAGCUAUGUUCGACAGAUUAUUCAAAUGGUUGGUGAAGAAAUGUAACGAGACCCUGGAUACUCAACAAAAGAGACAACAUUUUAUUGGUGUACUAGAUAUUGCUGGUUUUGAGAUUUUCGACUACAAUGGCUUUGAGCAACUCUGCAUCAACUUCACCAACGAGAAAUUACAACAAUUCUUCAAUCAUCACAUGUUUGUACUCGAGCAAGAGGAAUACAAGAAGGAAGGCAUUGAUUGGGAAUUUAUAGAUUUUGGAAUGGAUUUGGCUGCUUGUAUAGAGCUCAUCGAAAAGUUCAACAGUUUCGAACAACUCUGCAUCAACUUUACGAACGAAAAACUACAGCAAUACUUCAAUCAUCAUAUGUUCAUCUUGGAACAAGAAGAAUACGAACGCGAGGGUAUUCCUUGGACUUUUAUCGAUUUUGGUAUGGACUUGCAGUCGACGAUCGAUUUGAUCGAAAAGCCCAUGGGUAUCCUCUCGAUUCUUGAAGAAGAGUCCAUGUUCCCCAAGGCCACUGAUAAGACCUUUGAAGAAAAAUUGAACAACAAUCACUUGGGCAAGAGUCCAAAUUUCUUGAAACCGAAACCACCUAAACCUGGUCAGCAAGCAGCUCACUUUGCCAUUGGACAUUAUGCUGGCAACGUACCCUACAACAUCACUGGUUGGCUAGAAAAGAACAAGGACCCCCUAAACGAUUCGGUCGUCGAUCAAUUCAAAAAAUCAGGCAAUAAAUUGCUCGUUGAAAUCUUUGCCGAUCAUCCAGGCCAAUCUGGUGAUGCUGGUGGUGGUGGCGGUGGUGGCAAAGGUGGACGUGGUAAGAAGGGCGGUGGUUUCUCCACUGUCUCUUCGUCUUACAGGGAACAGUUGAACAAUUUGAUGACCACUCUAAGAGCAACGCAACCUCACUUCGUCCGUUGUAUCAUCCCUAAUGAAAUGAAACAGCCAGGUGUCAUCGAUUCUUACCUAGUCAUGCAUCAGUUAACUUGUAACGGUGUACUUGAAGGCAUUCGUAUCUGUCGUAAAGGAUUCCCUAACAGGAUGGUCUAUCCUGACUUCAAAUUGCGGUACAAGAUCUUGGCACCUGCAGCUGUUGAUAAAUGCGGUGGAGAUCCAAAGAAGGCUGCUGCAGCUAUUUUGGAGGGGUCUGGUCUUGAUCCUGAUCAAUACCGUCUUGGACAUACCAAGGUAUUCUUCCGUGCUGGAGUCUUGGGUCAGAUGGAAGAACUUCGUGAUGAACGUCUAGGCAAAAUCGUAUCAUGGAUGCAAGCCUUCAUUCGAGGUUACCUCGCGCGUAAAGAUUACAAGAAACUACAAGAUCAACGUUUGGCCCUUGUCGUUGUUCAAAGAAAUUUGAGAAAGUAUCUUCAACUUCGUACCUGGCCAUGGUGGAAAUUGUGGCAAAAGAUCAAACCUCUUCUCAAUGCUACCCGUAUCGAGGACGAAUUGGCUGCACUCGAGGAGAAGGCAAAGAAAGCACAAGAAGCCUUUGAAAAGGAAGAAAAACUUCGUAAGGAACUUGAGGAACAAAACGCGAAACUUACCACAGAAAAGAAUGCCUUGCAACGGCAAUUGGAUGGUGAAAAGGGUUCACUUUCGGAAUACAUGGAGAAGUCCUUGAAACUUGCUGCGCAAAAAGCUGAUAUGGAAUCUCAGCUUCAAGAUCUUAACGACAGAUUCAAGGAAGAAGAAGAUGCUAGGAACAAUCUAUUCCAGAAUAAAAAGAAACUCGAGCAAGAAGUAGCUGGUUUGAAGAAAGAUAUCGAGGAUUUAGAAUUGAAUCUUCAAAAAUCUGAACAAGACAAGGCUACGAAGGAUCAUCAAAUUCGUAACUUGAACGACGAGAUUGCUCAUCAAGAUGAAUUGAUUAAUAAAUUGAAUAAGGAGAAGAAGAACCAGGGUGAGAUCAAUCAGAAGACGGGUGAGGAACUUCAAGCUGCCGAGGACAAAGUCAAUCACCUUAACAAAGUUAAGAUCAAACUCGAGCAUACUCUUGACGAGCUUGAGGAUUCCUUGGAACGUGAAAAGAAAUCUCGCGCCGACGUUGAGAAAGCAAAGAGAAAGGUGGAAGGUGACUUGAAAUUGACCCAAGAAGCUGUAGCCGAUUUGGAAAGGAACAAGAAGGAAUUGGAACAAACUAUUCAACGCAAAGACAAGGAACUCUCGUCGCUUACUGCCAAAUUGGAAGAUGAACAAUCGUUAGUAGGCAAACUUCAGAAACAGAUUAAGGAACUCCAAGCGAGAAUCGAAGAACUCGAGGAAGAGAUCGAAGCAGAACGCGGAGCUCGUGGCAAAGCUGAGAAACAACGUAGCGAUCUUGCACGAGAAUUGGAAGAACUUGGUGAGCGUCUCGAGGAAGCUGGUGGUGCUACCUCUGCUCAAAUCGAAUUGAACAAGAAGAGAGAGGCUGAACUUAGCAAGUUAAGGAGAGAUCUCGAGGAAGCUAAUAUUCAACAUGAAGCUUCUCUUGCUAGCUUGCGCAAGAAACAUAAUGAUGCCGUUGCUGAAAUGGGAGAACAAAUCGAUACGCUUAACAAGUUGAAGGCUAGGACCGAAAAAGAAAAGGUUCAAUACUUCAGCGAGUUGAACGACCUUCGUGCUACGGUUGACCACCUCAGCAAUGAAAAGGCCGCCCAAGAAAAAAUUGUAAAACAAUUGCAACAUCAAUUGAACGAAACCCAAGGCAAGUUGGAAGAAGUUAAUCGUACGUUGAACGACUUCGAUGCAGCGAAGAAGAAGUUGUCGAUCGAGAACAGUGACUUGUUGCGCCAAUUGGAGGAAGCCGAGUCCCAGGUUAGCCAAUUGUCGAAGAUCAAGAUCUCGUUGACGACACAAUUGGAAGAUACGAAGAGGCUUGCUGACGAGGAAUCAAGGGAACGUGCCACGCUUCUUGGUAAAUUCCGUAAUUUGGAACACGACUUGGACAAUAUUCGCGAGCAAGUUGAGGAAGAAGCCGAAGGCAAAGCAGAUCUCCAAAGACAAUUGAGCAAGGCUAACGCCGAGGCUCAACUGUGGCGUACGAAAUACGAAUCCGAAGGAGUAGCCAGGGCUGAGGAACUCGAAGAGGCCAAACGAAAGCUUCAGGCUCGACUUGCUGAAGCCGAGGAAACGAUCGAAUCCCUCAACCAAAAGGUCAUUGCUCUGGAAAAGACGAAACAGAGGCUUUCGACCGAAGUCGAGGAUCUUCAAAUCGAGGUCGAUCGUGCCACUGCUAUUGCCAAUGCCGCUGAAAAGAAACAGAAGGCAUUCGACAAGAUCAUUGGCGAAUGGAAGCUCAAAGUUGACGAUCUUGCCGCUGAACUGGAUGCCAGUCAAAAGGAAUGCCGUAAUUACAGUACCGAGCUCUUCAGGCUCAGAGGUGCCUAUGAGGAAAGUCAAGAACAAUUGGAAGCUGUGCGUCGUGAGAACAAGAAUCUCGCCGACGAGGUGAAAGAUCUUUUGGAUCAAAUAGGCGAAGGUGGACGUAACAUUCAUGAGAUCGAGAAGGCUAGAAAGCGUUUGGAGGCGGAGAAGGAUGAACUCCAGGCAGCAUUGGAGGAAGCUGAAGCAGCUUUGGAACAAGAAGAAAACAAAGUACUCAGAAGCCAGCUGGAAUUGAGCCAAGUUAGACAAGAGAUCGAUCGUCGUAUCCAAGAGAAGGAGGAAGAAUUUGAGAACACAAGGAAGAAUCAUCAACGAGCUCUUGACUCGAUGCAAGCUUCUCUCGAAGCAGAAGCCAAGGGCAAAGCCGAGGCACUUCGUAUGAAAAAGAAAUUGGAAGCUGAUAUUAACGAAUUAGAAAUAGCUUUGGAUCACGCAAACAAAGCCAAUGCCGAAGCUCAAAAGAAUAUUAAGAGAUAUCAGCAACAAUUGAAGGAUGUACAGACCGCUCUGGAAGAGGAACAACGAGCACGCGACGAAGCAAGAGAACUUCUUGGUAUAUCUGAGCGUCGUGCUAAUGCACUUCAAAAUGAACUUGAAGAAAGCCGUACGCUUUUGGAACAAGCCGAUCGUGGUCGUAGACAGGCCGAACAAGAAUUAGCAGAUUGUCACGAACAAUUGAACGACCUCAGUGCUCAGAAUGCUUCCAUCUCUGCUGCCAAGAGGAAACUCGAAGCCGAAUUGCAGACCCUCCAUUCUGAUCUCGACGAGCUUCUAAACGAAGCCAAGAACUCCGAAGAGAAAGCUAAGAAGGCAAUGGUCGAUGCUGCACGAUUGGCUGACGAACUCCGAGCUGAACAAGAUCAUGCUCAAACGCAAGAGAAACUUCGCAAGGCUCUUGAGACACAGAUCAAAGAACUCCAAGUUCGUCUUGAUGAAGCCGAGGCGAAUGCUUUGAAGGGAGGCAAGAAAGCAAUACAAAAGUUGGAACAACGCGUACGUGAAUUGGAGAAUGAACUUGAUGGUGAACAAAGGAGACACGCUGACGCUCAGAAGAACCUUCGCAAGUCUGAACGACGCAUUAAGGAACUUAGCUUCCAGGCUGAUGAGGAUCGUAAGAAUCACGAACGCAUGCAAGACCUAGUCGACAAACUUCAGCAGAAGAUCAAGACAUACAAGAGACAGAUCGAGGAGGCAGAAGAGAUCGCUGCAUUGAAUCUUGCCAAGUUCCGUAAGGCUCAGCAAGAGCUUGAGGAGGCCGAAGAGAGAGCCGACUUGGCUGAACAAGCUAUUACCAAAUUCCGCACUAAAGGCCGUGGGGGAAGUGCCGCACGUGGAUUGAGCCCAGCGCCACACCGACCUGCGUUCAAGCCCCAGUUCGAUGGUUCCGCAUUCCCGCCACGCUUCGACCUACAGCCCGAUGGUGAUUUGUAAAGAUCGAUGAAGAAUUAAUUAACCCAAUAAAAACAACAACAACAACAACAACAACAACAACAUCGUCCAUGGAUUUUUAUCGCAAAACGAAAGAAAGGAAAACAAAUGGAUCAAGUUCGUGAGAACAUUUAUUUAUCACGGGGCAUCGUCGUCUCACUGUUUUAAAAUAAUAAUUAAUAAUAAUAAUAAUAAUAGAUUUCUAAUGAGUCUAUUAUUGUUAUUAAUAUGUCGUUUAAUUAUUAUAUCUAUAUUUCGAGAUAAUUGAUAAGUAUCCAUAACUUUUUCAUUCGAAUAAAUUCAAUCAAUGAUAAAACGUAUUCUAAAUGGCAAAUUGAUCAAAAAAAAAAAAAGAAAAAAAAGAAAAAAAAGAAAAAAAAAAGAAAAAAAGAGAAAAAAAAAGAAAAAAAAAGAAAAAUGAUUGGAAAAAUGAUUUGAUGAAAAAGGCUCGAAAAAAAUAAUAAUAAUAAAUGAUCUAAGAGAAAGAUCCACUCGAGCUAAAGGUCGAGGGAGGGAGAGAGAGAGAGAGAGUGAGUGAGAGAACGCGUGAAAGAGUGGGAGAGAAAGAGAGAGAGAGAGAGAGAGAGAGAGAGAGAGAGAGAAAAGGAGCUACGAGCAGAGACAAUGAGAGGCGAGAGCCAACGAGAGAUAUAUCUGUUAUAUUUACAUACAUAUAUAUACAUACAUACGUACAACAACA